AUGAACAAGUGGACUAACCGAACUCCCAAGCAAACAAGUCACUUGAGUGAUCCUCCCCUCUCCCUCUUCCGCCAAAUUGGGACCAAAACAAAUAAUCCCCAGUAUCCUCUUGCUCUUUCUAAACUUCAAACCUCAUUACUCCCCGAACGAAAAUCAAGCUUUACUCCUUCAGUACAGAAAGAAAAAUCGGUUGCUCAAGAAUCUUAG